AUGCAUUCAAUCAUUACGACGUGUACUAUUGUAUUCUUAUACUGGCUUAUUUUUUCAGUAUCAGUGGAGAAUGCGCAGGAGGCUAGUAAGCAAACACAGUCCACACCGAAUUGUUUCUCAAUGGAUUGUAUGAAUAAAUAUCAACGUUAUUUACUUUUAAGAAGAACAAAAUGGAAUACCAUUAAAGAAAAUAAAACAAUUACCGAACUCGAUAAAAAAGCCGAAAUAGACUUGAUAAAUGAUGAACUUUUACAAGCAGAGGGGUUCAAAAAUUUGACAUUUGGAUUAAUCAACAUUUUUGACAAACUAAUCAAUGAUAGUUAUUCGAUCGAGGUGUCAAAUUCUUUCUAUGGAGAAACUUUACUGCUUAUUUCAAAAUUUUAUUAUAAUACUUUGAAAACUAGUGGCUCGGAUUUUUUGCAGAAAAUGUGGAACCAAAAUGUAAAUGAGGGUGAUCAUGAGCAUGAAGCGAUAACGGAUGAUGAUGAUAGCUAUGAACAUGGUCGUCAUCGCGAAAAUAUGGCUUCUGACCUAGUUAAUAACUUUCUGCAAGAGGUAGGCGUUGAAGCAGAUCGUUUGGAGAAGAACAUGCAUAAUCAUAAGUUUACAGAUAAUUCUAAGAUGCAUGGGUCUCUUGAUAUGGUUGUCAAAUUAGAAGAUGAAGACGAAGAUGGAAAAAAACAAAGUAUUGAAUUGUCUCAAAGUGAAGAAUCGCGCCAUCAUAGUUCUAACAAAGUAAUGAUGCUAGUUGAUCGUGAUAAUAACGAAUACAUUCUUAUGAGGCCAAAUGAUUUGUCUAUGUUCUAUGAAGUUGCUGGUUGUGUUCUCGGUCCUGCUGGAUUCAAUAUGACUCAGGAGCUUAUUCAAACAGAAACUCUUUCGCAAUUUGGCGUUAUUUUUAUUGUUUUUAUGUUAGGAUUGGAGUUUUCGUUUAAUAAGCUUAAGUCAAUAUGGCAAUUUGCACUAGGCAGUGUUACUAUGAUCUUCGCUUUAAUCGUUAGUCUGUCGGUUUUUAUAGGAUUUGUUAUAGGUGCUAAGACAAAUGAGGCAAUUUUUGUAGGCGCAUGUGUGUCGCUCUCAAGUACAGCUAUUGUGAAAAGAUUAAAUUGCAAAGAGCUUGAGUCGUUACACGGUGUACUUAUAGUACAAGAUAUUUUAUUUGGGGCUUCGCUGCACGCUUUUUCCAAAACUGACAUUGAAGUUAUAUUGACAGCAGGACACUUGAUACUGUCCAUGGUACUAUUUUGCAUAUUUAGUCUUCUAGUUGCAAAUUUACCUAUUUCUUGGAUUUUAAAAACUAUUAAAGGGUCCAAUAAGCAUGAGCUUUUUCUCCUUGGAUCCAUAUCUUUAUGUCUUAUAAUGUCACAUGUUUCAUUUAUGCUUGGACUGGGUGUUGAAAUUGGAUGUUUUAUAGCAGGCAUAUUGAUUAGCAACCACAAAUCUAUAGCCGAAUCUUCUAUCACACUUGUAGAACCAGUCAAAGACAUAUUUUCAUGUCUUUUUUUCUCAAGCAUUGGGCUUCACGUAUAUCCGAGCUUCUUUAUUAAUGAAGGAAUAUUGUUAUUUAUUCUAACAAUCUGCGCAAUAGGAUUUAAAUUCGUUAUUUGUAGUGUAACUUUAAUGGUAUUUGGACACACUUUUGAGCGUGCCACCACAAUGGCUAUUGGGCUGUCUCAGAUAAGUGAAUACGUUUUUAUCCUUUCCAGCCGUGCCAAAAGUCUUGAAAUUAUAUCAAGGGAGGUUUACUAUGUAAUUUUAGCAGUAACUUCUCUAACUCUAAUAGUUACGCCUAUAUUAUGGAAUACGAUAUAUAAAAGACAGAAGGAUAUUCCAAUAGGAGGUUAUCGAUUGUUAACAAAUGAUUCUGAUCUCACAAUAUCAUUACCAACAAAUAACAUAGGAAAAGCAGAAUAA